CCCUAAUUCAAUGAAGUAAACAUUCAACAUGGAUGGUUUUGAUUUCUUCGUUCCCGUGCUUUAGGUCCUAUUCUAAUUUGUUAUAAUGCUUAAUUAAAAUGAAUUAAAACGUCAUUGUUUAAUUUAAGAAAAUGUCUUCGGAGAGGGUAGAAUGGGUGGAGAUAAUCGAGCCGAAGACAAAGGAGCAUAUGUAUGCUAACCUCACCACUGGGGAAUGCGUCUGGGACCCACCUGAGGGAGUGAAAGUGAAACGCACCGACUCAUCACAGUGGUGGGAGCUCUUUGACAUCAAUACACAUAGAUUUUAUUACUAUAAUGCUUCAACACAGACAACUGUGUGGCAUAGGCCAACUGAUUGUGACAUAAUACCAUUGGCGAAGCUUCAAACAUUGAAACAAAACACGGACCCACAGAAAAGGCGAGAAACAUCUACACAAACAACCCAAUCUGCCCCACAGACGUCGUUGAUAGAACCUACAAGCAGCAAUGGAAACAGUACAUCGGCAACCGCCAGCAAACUUUCACCUGGAAACCUGAAGAUUGUUACACAGACGAGUCCCGUAAGGACGAGGCGAACUCAUUACCAUCAUAGGAAUAGCGGUGAAAGCAGGCGUGGUAGGUUAAGUGAAGAUGGUACGAGCCAAAUAUGCCGGCACACUGACUCCGGUCGGUCUUCCGACAGCAGCAUCAGCAGUGCACAGCAGAGACGGAAACAGGAACUAAAUGCGGCUGCCUGCAAUCCUCCGAUAUGCACACCACAGUUAAGAAAACGUAGCAGCGCGACACCUGCUCACGAACCAGAGAAGUGGUCGCAACAUUCAGGUCUGAACAGAAGCGGCAGUUUUAUAUCGCCCCGUAAAGACGCGUCAGACGACUCGAUGCACGAGAAAUAUUUCAAGUCAGUCGAGAGCACACCGUUGACGAGACGAAAGUUGAAACAACAAUCCGGUGGCGGCUCGUCAUGUGAUUCUGCGUCUCCUCAGAGCCCCAGCAGUCCAUUGCAGAAACCACAGCCUACGCCAUUUUUGCAGACAACAUCGGCUCGCCCCUCCCUGGUGUCGUCGAUAUCGCUGGCGACGGAGGCGGCGGGCGGCGCGUCGCGCGUACUGCACAGCCUGGAGCGGCCGCACCAUCUGUCGCGACACUCCAGGGAGCGGUACUCUGAUAGACAUUUAGACAAGGAUCGUUUGGCGGAACUGGAACGGAUGGACCGCUAUCCUGAGAAACAGGCCGUCUACAGCGUCGACAAACCCUUCAGACAAACCAGCUUAGAUCUGCGGCACAAUCCAGCGGCCAAUUGGAAUCCUUCAAGGGAGUUCACCAGACGCCAACAAGCCGAACCCGAGCGCUACACUUCCAGCAAGACAUCGGUCUCGUCUGGCGGCAGCAGCAAGCAUCGCUCGCAUGAACCCCAUCAUAACUACAUGAGGCUAUCGUCCGCUAAUGAACAGGACAAUAUUGCAGCAGUAAACUACAAAAUGAAAUGCGUAAGUCUAGAGCCGCCGCUGACAGAGCCUAACGUUCAGAAACACAAUCAGAGAAUGGAGAGAACCUCAACGCCUAGUUCGAAACGAACAAAAACGAGGCGGCAUAAGCGACCAGUGGAAGUCGAAGAGCCAGGACUUGAUGGUGAAGAUGAGGAAGACGAGGGUGGCUCGCCCCUCUAUUGCAACUGGGAUCUACGAGGAAUGCAGCAUUUAUUGCCUCUACAAGAUUAUAUCAUACAACAGGCUAAAUUAUCUAGUAGAGGACGUUAUGGUGGAUCCGGAUCGGACAACGAAUCGAACUCGUCUCGUUCACGGUCCGGUUCGGAAUCGCGUUCUCUGUCCGGCCACGAACCGGACAACGAGUCUUCGGACGGUGGCGCCCGUACUCCGGACGACGACGACGGUUCCGGCGUGUACCUACCGCACACGUACGCACAUCGACCUGCCGACGUAGAGUAUAUGAACCAUGGAGUCUCUUAUUAUAAUACGUUUGUCGGGUUUGAUAGAGACCGACAGACGUCACCUGGUAUACAUAGGACGUCAUCGCUAGGAGGCGGUGCUACAGUCCCGGUGGACCCACCGGCCGGGGCGCCCGCACUCUACAGUCCGGUGCGGGCGCAUCCACACCCGCGCCCGUCGGUCCCGCCCGAACAAGACAUCGAGAUAUUCGCCAAAGACAACUUAAAUUUCAACAAAGGCAUAUUUAGAAGGAAGGCUUCUGUCCGCGAUAUGUUAUCGUGGACCUCGUCGUCAAUUAGCGCUCCUAUGGUGGGCGCCGACUGGGACAAAGCGCACAAGAAGGCAGCCAUAGACCUGUUCAGGCUCGUGCAGAUCUACAUGGGCGACAGGAAGGCCAGGCCGGGGAUGACACUCAACUCUGUAGCUCAAGACAUCCUGCACGCUACUUUUGCUAAUGAAAAACUCCGCGACGAGCUCUACGUGCAGCUAUGCAGACAGACAACGGAGAAUCCACUACGCGAUUCAUUGCUGCGCGGCUGGGAGCUGUUGGCGGUGUGCUUGGCUUUCGUUCCGCCAUCGCCUGCGUUUCAACCCGCCCUCACCAAUUACGUCAACAGGCAUCGAGACCCAGCGUUUGCCGAUGCUUUUCCUGAGGUGGGCAAAUGGCCCAUUCACGUUCAAGUAUCACACUAUGCCGGCGUUGCCUGUAAGAGAUUGGAGAGAAUCAGUUUCGCAGGAAAAAGGCAGCCAAGGAAACCGACGACAGAAGAUAUUGAUCAGGCCAGAAUACAAAUAUUUCGUCAGUCGAUGUUCGGAAACACCCUAUCAGAGGUGAUGACGUUACAAAAAGAAAGGUUCCCUAAUAGACAACUUCCCUGGGUUCAAGUGGCCCUGUCCCAGCAAGUUCUAUCGUUAAACGGCAGAGAGACCGAGGGCAUAUUCAGAGUCUCCGCGGAUGUCGAUGAAGUCAACGCUUUGAAGGCGAAGAUCGAUAAUUGGGAACUGCCUGACGCCUCUACUCUUACAGACGCACAUGCCCCGGCUAGCUUAUUAAAGCUUUGGUACAGAGAAUUGUAUGAGCCUUUGAUCCCGGACGUGCUGUACGGCUCGUGCGUCGCCGCCGGGACUGACUUUAUAGCGUGCACGAGAGUUCUACAUCGAUUGCCGCCUUUGAACCGACUAGUACUAACCUACCUCAUAAGUUUCCUACAGCAGUUUACCGCCCCCGAAGUGGUCAGUCAAACAAAAAUGGAUUCAGCUAAUUUGGCCAUGGUGUUCGCGCCCAACUGUCUCAGGUGCACGUCGCAGGACCCGAGAGUGAUCUUAGAGAACGCACGAAAAGAGAUGACCUUCCUCAAAACCCUGAUCACGAACUUGGACACGUCACACGUACAGGACAUGCUGUGACCGACGAAUCUCAGUUAUUGUAACAAUAACAACGGUAGCGAAAUGACUGAUUUCUAGUGAUCUAUAUUAAUAUAUAUAUUCGUUUCCUAAUGUGGUGUUCAAUGCAAAAUCGAUUUCGAUAUCGAGCCGCAGAUUCGUCUUCAAAUGAAAAAAAAAAUUAAGACAAAAGACCAAAUCUAAUCAGAUAAAAAAUACUAUAAGAAGCUAUUAGUUCGACUAAAACAUCGAUAAAUCACUUGACGUGGUCCAUCACUAUUGUGACGUAAUAAUGUCAGGUGUACGUGACGUUUAGCAUCCAUAGUUUCCUGGCCACAUCGAAUUAAUUAUAAAAAAAUAUAUACAUAUACAGAUAUCAUACAUACUUGCAGAGGAGUCUAGUCUUUGUAAUUGCUGUUGUAGUGUAUGUAUGGUAUGAACUGUGUACCUCUCACAUUUUAGAAUUACAGUGACCCAUCUAACAAUAUUUUGAUCACGCCCCUUUGGUGUAGCGCAUCCUGAAAGCACCUCUCAAAACGUAACUUCGAAACUGCGCAUACCACUACGCAAUGUGUUCACAAUUGUUCACGGUCGUCAUAUCAAAAUUUUGAAAUAAUUCAUGGAAUGACAAAAUCGCCUUAUCCACGAAAGCAAUAAAAAGUUUUUAAUAUAUUUAUAAAGUACUAUAAAAUGAUUAUCAGAGGUGUUGUGAGAUCGAGUAGUAAGUACUAUAUAAUAUAUAUCUAUUGCUACUUCUACCAAUUCCAGAGCAUAGUGCGAGAUAUUUUUGGCUAGUACCGAGUAACUGAAUCAUGGAUUACUUCAAUAAUAAAACUUACCGGUUUCAUCUUCACUCUCUCAACUGACUCUAUAUAUAAUAUAGCUGCCCGCUCCGGCUCCGCUUGGGUCUUUAACAAAAAUUUGAACGACGUACUAUAAUAGUUAGACUUAAGCUGUUGCAACACUUUUUGUAAAUAAUAAUGUGUUCUACAAAGUCGUAGUACAUUAUUUUAUUCUAAAAUAUAAUCAAUAGUUUUCGCAGGGCACGCGACGUAAAUAAUAUUUUAGGUGAUUUUUUACACCUUGAUUCGACCAAUCGAUUCAGUAGUUUCGGAGCUUAUUCAAUACAAACAAACAAACAAAUCUUUCCUCUUUAUAAUAUUAGUAUAGAUGAUUUUGAUUUCAAUUCGUUUUUGCAUUUUAGGCAUUAGAAGACUAGGAAAAAGAUAGUUGAAUUUUUGAAACUAUAUCGGUAAUCGUAAAAAAACCUCAUGUGUUUUUAAUUUCGAAAAAUGUAUUUGUUAUAGAUGUGUCACUGUAAUCCUGAAACUCUGAUACACAAGAAAAAGCAGCUAGCUUCCUUUCAACGUAUUCGAUUCUCUUACGUGUAUAUUGUAAAUUAUUUUAAAGACUAUUUUUUGUACGCUAUAUUAUUAUAACUAUGUAAUUUUAUUUGGUUGUACCCAAAGAUAUUUAAUGGUAUGUGAUUAUUUUUUUUAUAAAUUCUAAUAAUAUACAUGAGCUUUACAAAAGUGUAUAUGAUUAUAAUAAUGUGAUUUCGGGGCGAUUGUGUAAAUUUUGCUGAGUUUUUUUUUGUUUCGGGGUCUUGUUAGUGAACUGGGACGAAUGUUUUUUUUAAUGGUUUUAGUUAUGGUUUGUGACGUUAAUUUUUGUGUGUAUCUCUAUGAUUUUAUUCAAAAUAAAAAUUUUUUUUAGAUUUGAGCCUCCACCAUCUGUUUAAGUUUAAAAGUCAUACAAAACCUUUUAAAUAGAAAAUUACGGACUUCAAUGUUCUUUUUACUCUGAGAUUCUCAAGGCACUCGAAUAAAAGGCACCUCUUAUACAACAAGAGACAAUAUUUAUUUUAAAAAAAGACUAAAAUGAUAUUAUUAAUUGGAAUAAGAAUUGCCAUAAUAAAAUUUUCGUUUAUACAAUCAAACGUUUAGAUCGAUGAUUGUGGUUGGCAUUUUUAUUUUGUAUGGGGACAGGCAUCAUUUUGAACCAAAUGCUAUACAAAAUACAUAUAAAGAAAAUUUUAAAGUAUAAAAACGUUUGUAUCCUAUUGAGUAAGAGAUUUUGUACAGAACUGUUGACAAUGUAGUAACAAUUGAGAUUUUGACCUCAUGUUAGUUGUGAUUAGGGUUCCGAUAACCACUUGACACCAGUGUGCUUAGUGCGAGUUUUAUAACGUUCUCGAUAGCGUAAAAGUUAACUCAAUUUUGUAUGGAGUUGCCUAGGUUUGCCGCUAGGGUCGCUGUUCUAACGUCAUAUAAAUUCGAGUUAACUUUUACGCCGUCGAGAACGUUAAGAAAACUCGCACUAAGCGCACAGGUCAAUAAAUAAAUAUUAUAUAAUUUGUUAAUUUAAAGCUUUCAAUAGUAUUGCGAUCUAUAAACAACGUAGUCACGCAUUCGUCUCAGCUCCUUCAAGGCUCAAGUGUCAAUUAAAUGUAACAAUUUAAUUAAGUUAGCAUACUGAUCAACCUCGGUUACGAAUCAUCGACUGAAUAAUUCUCAUAAUUCAUAAAAAUUGUAAUAGAUGGCUUUCAUUGUAGAAACGACUUUCUUUCCUUCCAAAAUGAAUAUAUAGAUAUAUAUCAAAAGUGUGAAUAAAUCCUUGUGUCCUUAGUAAAAUAGUGGAGAUGAAAUAUUAAAUAUAUAUAAUGAAUUAGAUCUUUACGAAAAAAAUCAAUUUAGUGGACACAAGAUAGAAAAAAUAUUUUCUGAUAGAUUCAAUUGAUAAUGUUUUAAAAAUCUUGAAUAGCGUAAUCUCAAAAAAAUUAUGAAUAGCCUCUUUUAAUUCUAAAAAACUUUCAAUGUAAAAUGUUCCUCAGUGCUUUACGGUAUUCAGAUUUAUAAUGUAAAAAUUUUGUAGUUUCUGCUCUUUCAAUAAUAGGAAAAUCGAUUAAAGUACGCGUAGUAUAGAAAGUCUAUUAAAAUAAGAGCUAAAUAAAUUUGGCAAUUUUGGCGAAAUCUAAUCUUAAUUCAGACGAACAUAAACCUGUUCAAGAUGUCAUCCCGCGUCUUUUAACCGGUCGAUCUGUUUGUAUACUACGGGCACAGCGGUAACAACGGUAUUAAGUGCAGAGGUUACUUUAAACGAUAGUAAUCUUAACUAGAAUCGAAUGAAAACCCAAAUAUAAUAUUAUUAUCAACUUUAAAUACGUUCGAUACAGACAAAGGUCGUUGAGGCCACUAAUCAGUGUGCUUAGUGCGAGUUUUUUUUAACGUUCUCGAUAGCGUAAAAGUUAGCUCAUAUUUGUAUGGAGUGGGAUCGUUUUCGUACGUUAGUCGCUAGGGGCGCUGUUCCAGUUGCAUACAAAAUUGGCUUAACUUUUACGCUCUCGAGAACGUUAAGAAACUCGCACUAAGCGCACCGAAAAUCGUAUCGUGCUGUAUACCUCGAGAUGCGUCGAAGUCGAAGUGUAUGGGAUUUAAUAUCAUACGGAUGAUAAAGUGACUGUUUCCGAGGCUACGAAUGUUUUGCGUCUGAAAUAGGCAGAAUAGUGGUAUCUACCCUUGCACGUUCACAAACAAAGUUAGAUUUGACAGUGAAUUAAAUAUGAAUAAACAUAAAGCAUCUCUUUUGAUUAAAAAAAAACAAAAAAAAAAACAUUUCUAUAUAUCAAAUCAAAUCAAAGGGUGGGGCAGCCGUUGUAACUAUACUUGAGACCUUAAAACUUACAUCUCAAGGUGGGUGGCGCGUUUUACGUUGUAGAUGUCUAUGGGCUCCAGUAACCACUUAACACCAGGUGGGCUGUGAGCUCGUCAACCAAUCUAAGCAAUAAAAAAAAAAGAAAUUUAUAUUUACUUCCUUGCCAGAAGUAAAAGCAGCGCUAAUAAAUAAAUAAACGUGCAUUAUUACCGUUCGAAGUUUUUCAUAGAAACAUUUUGCAAGUACAAAUAAUUUUGGUUAGAGAACAUCAUGAGAAACUAAAAUUAUAAUUCGCUGUAAAUUAGCUUGUUUAUUCGAAUUUAACGAGCCUGUAAAAAAUAACGAAGCCACAUCCGUAACCUCAACCGUUUGUUCAUGCAGCAGUCACAUUAGAUAAUGAUUUAUUAAAUAAUCAUUUUGCGCAAAACGUAUCACAUUGAGGAGAUAUUCGAAAAAUAGUAUCGGAAAUAAAAGGUUUUAUGUUUCAAGGUAAAAAAAAACGAAAUUUUAAACAAUAGUGACGCAAUAAAAGAUAAUUUAAUUAUUUUCGUUAAUAAAAAUCAAAACCUACUUAGCAGAAAACGGUUAAUUCUAGUAAAAUUAGGCUAGUUAAGCUUCCCAUUCCAUUUUUAAUGAAAAUAAUAGAAUUAUUACACGUUGUGUUACGUCACUAUUCGAUAAACAAAGAGCAACGUUGCUUCAAACGCAAUGUUCGUUGGCGGGAAAUGAUCUCAAAAAUUCAUUCUUGUUAAUGCAGAUUUAUUUUGUAUUUUUUUGUUAUUUUAUCGCAUUUUUGAAACAUUUUUUACGAUUCGUCAAAGGUGUUACAGCCAACUGUUCAUGUUGUAUCCGAGAAAUUAACAUUCGCACAAUCUCUUAGAUAUUGUUCUUGCCUUAUCAUUUGGAAGAUUUACACCGAUGUUACCAUGAAACAAUACGUGCCAUAGACAACAAAAACGGUUUUCAUUAUGUUGUGGUGGGUUUUUUUCUUAAUUCUUUUUUUAAUUUAGAACGUAGUUGCUAGCUUGCGUAGGCUUUACAUAUUUGGCGCUAUGGAACGUAAUUUCGGCAUGCGCUUUAGUAUACAAUAAUGUUAUAAAACAUUUUUAUCCAAGAUAUUGUAGGUGAUAAUAAAAAGCAAUAUAGAGCACAAUUUAUUUUUCUGUGUAAAUUUUUUAGCUAAUAUAUAUUAUAAUACUAUAAAAUUGUUAAGCAUGCAUUUAUAUAACUAAUAAUAUGAUCCUCAAUUAUAGGAAAUUAUAUAAGUGCUCCUAAAAAUUCGCAUUAUAUAAUAUUAUAUAGUGCUUAAAUAUUCCAAAUAAUAAAGAAAUAUAAUCAAAUACAAACAGAUAUAAUAAAUAAAUAUAAAAAUAAAUGAAAAAUUAAAUUCUCUAUGUAAAUAAAUAAUACGCCUAUUUUUUUUCUUGUUAUUCGUGACAAUAUGCGUAUGAUGUUCAUAAUGUAGAUUUAUCAAUGUAAAUGUGAAUGAUGUGGAAUAAACUAUUGAUUAUCCAUUGGAUAAUUGCGAAUACCAA